AUGACAACAAGCUUGGCUGUUGCCAGAAACAGCCAGUCUUUGUCUGGCUCAGUGGCCACAGCUAUGGGCAAACGUUUGGCUGGCGCGACAAAGAACCAAUCUUCUUCUGGCCAGGUGACCACAUGCUUGGCCCUUGCCAGAAAGAGCCGAUCUUCAGGCCCAAUGACCAUGGCCAUGGCUACAUGCUUAACCAAUGCCAGAAAAAGCCAGUCUUCAUCUGGCCUGAUGACCAAAGCCAGGGCCACAGGCUUGGCUAUUGGCAAAAAAAGACCUACAACUAUAACCACGCAAUUGGCCAGUCCCAGAAAAAAAAAUCCAUCUGGCCCAGUGACCAGAGCUGCAGCCAUACGCUCGGCAGUUGCCAACAGUGGUCAUUCUUUAUCUGACCCGCUGACCACAAACAUGGCGAUAGGCUCAGCUGUUACCAAAAUGAGUCAAUCGAUGUCUGAUCUGGUAACUGCCCCCACUGCCACGCAUUUGGUAGCUGCCAAAAAAAGCCACUCUGUCUCUGGCCAAAUGAUGGCAGCCACGGCUAAGCAGUUGGCUAUUACCAGGAAAAGGCAAUCUUCAUCUUGCCCCAGGACCACAUCCUCAACUAUUGCUACGACAGGACAAUCUCCACCUGUGGAUACAAGUAACAUGAAACAACCAGUUACAGAAACAACUAACAGGGAGACACCUGUUCCAGAAGAGAUGGCCAAGAACAGGCAACUUACUGGCAAGAAAUGGCCUGAAAGGCAGCAGCGUUUCAGCCUAAGGCUGACAGAGAGUUCCUCCAGAUUCAAAGACAUCGUGGUGAGGAAGCAAGAGGGCUUCACCCACAUCUUUUUAUCUACAAAAUCAUCAGAAAAUAACUCACUAAAUCUAGAAGUGAUGAACGAAGUUCAGAAUGCUCUGAACAAGGCUGCUGAAGACGACAGCAAGCUGGUACUGCUCAGUGCCAUUGGCAGUGUCUUCUGUUUUGGCCUGGAUUUUAGUUAUUUUAUACAACAUCUCAGAGGGAACAAGAAAAGAGAAAGCACUAAAAUGGCGGGAUCGAUCAAAAAUUUUGUGAAUACUUUCAUUCAGUUUAAGAAGCCUAUUAUUGCUGCAGUCAAUGGCCCAGCCAUUGGACUGGGAGCAUCUAUAUUGCCUCUUUGUGAUGUGGUUUGGGCUAAUGAAAAGGCUUGGUUUCAAACACCCUAUACCAACUUUGGACAGAGUCCAGAUGGCUGUUCAAGCUUUACAUUUCCCAAGAUAAUGGGAGAAGACUCUGCAAAUGAAAUGCUAAUCGGUGGGCAGAAGCUCACAGCACAGGAAGCUUGUAAUAAGGGCCUGGUCUCCCAGGUAUUUUGGCCGCAAACCUUCAACCAGGAAGUCAUGAUUCGAGUCAAGGAGAUGGCCUCAUGUGAUGCAGUUGUCCUGCAAGAGUCGAAAGCCCUACUGCGCUUUAACACCAAGACAGAGUUGGAGAAGGCCAAUGAGAAGGAGUGCACAAUGCUGAAGGAUAUUUGGGGCUCUGUAGCAGGGAUAGAUGCCAUGUUAAAAUACCUGCAGAACAAAACUGGCUACUGA